AUGCCAGGUGAUGAACCCUUUGAAGACAAUGCAGCGCGGGGAGCAGAUGAGCACCACAGCGGCAAGGAGUCUGUAGGGGAGACAGCGGAAGACGAACAAAUUUCUCGCCACGCAUUCCACUCCACGUGGGAAGAAAUAUAUCAACGGGAGCUUCACAAUGCAGCUGCAAGGAAGGCGUACCAAACCACAGUUCAGUAUAAACGAAGUACUGUCAAAAGUCAAGCAGGCUGCAGGAGCACUAGGAGGAAUUGCAGCAGCAGAUGUAACAGUAGCAGCAGGAGCAGAAGCAGCAGCAUGAGCAGAAGCGGCGGGAACAGCGACCGUUCCAGUGAUAGCUCCUCAAUAGAUGGGGAGGAGUGGUUUGCCCCGGAGUGUGGCAAGAUACUAAGCUGGGUAUUAAACACUUUAAGAAGGCCUCAGAACCAUCCCUUGCAGCUUUAUUUCCGUCGAGCACAUGCACUCCGCAACGCGGAGUCUCCAGGGACUGGUGAAUGCAGGGGAGGCGCAUGCGACUGGUGCAGGGGAGAAGGGCCUCUGAUAUCCCAGGAGUUCACAGAGAUUCCAGUCUUGGACGUGGGGUGUGGGGGCGGUCAGUUCUUGGCGCGUCUCCGGCGUUGCGGCUUGAAACGGCUAGCGGGCAUCGACUACUCGCAGAAUGCAAUUCAGCUGGCCCGUUCGAACUUGUAUGGGGAGGGCAGCAGGAGCAGGAGUUGCAAUGCCAUUCACAUCUGCCUGAGGCAGGCAGAUUUGAGGCAUCUGAGGGCAGGCCAAACAGGGGGAAAGCUGAAGAAUGCCAUUGACAACUGCAUCUGCUGCUGCAGCAAGACACAAACCGCCCACAACGUCUCUGCGCAGCAUGAGACAGCAGGAAGAGCAAAUGACGAAGGCAGCUUGUCUCCGUGCUCGUGUGAACCGGCCACAAGUUUGCCACCCUUCCCCGUUGUUUUCGACAAAGGAACUUUUGACGUCUUCUGGCUUAUGCGCACCCCUGAGCUGUAUGUACAGUGCAUGCACAGGCUGAUGCCCCAGUACGGUAUUUUGUUUCUAACUUCCUGCAACUGCACCGUGGAUGAUCUGGAUUCCCUGUUUUGUGAGAAAACGGACGCAUAUCAAGAGCAGCAGCAGCAGCAACAGCAGGCGCCCACAACAAAGCCCCAGCGGGAGAACCAAAUGCCCGCUGGGGCUGCCCAUCCUGCUGUAGCUGGAGCAUCAGGUGCAUUAGCAUUUACGAAGUGCAGAGUGUCAGGCCCCGAGGACUUGUUAGGGGGAACGGACGAAAGAUACAACAGGACCAGCACAAAUCAUGGAAUGCCUUUCUUCGAGCGGCUUGGCCUACUACCUCAUCGUUCGUUCAAAUUUGGAGGAGUGGAAGGUCAGGUGGUGACCUCGGUAUUGCUUAGAAGGCUCUGA